AUGCUAUCUCUCGUCGCCUCUCCUCCGGUAAUCUCCGCCGCGUCUCUCUCUAAACCUCUCCAGUCUCUCUCCAAAGCUGCACUCUCUCUAUCCAAAAGAGCCAAACCCACUUCCCCUUUCCCCAAAACCGCUCGAUCCAUCUCCGUCUAUAAAUCUCCGAUGAACAACCUCUUCACCAGGCUCGGAUUCGGGUCUCGUCCCCAACCCGACCCGGCUUCCGCCGCAAUCGCGCAAGGACCCGACGACGAUGUUCCGUCUCCAGGUCAGCAAUUCGCGCAAUUCGGCGCCGGUUGCUUCUGGGGAGCGGAAUUGGCGUACCAGAGGGUUCCAGGCGUGACGAAGACGGAGGUUGGGUAUAGCCAUGGAUUCGUCGAUAAUCCGAGCUACGAGGAUGUCUGUUCGGAGACGACGGGACAUAACGAGAUUGUUCGGGUUCAGUACGAUCCGAAAGAGGUCAGCUUUGAGAGCUUGCUCGAUGUUUUCUGGAAGCGUCAUGAUCCGACCACGUUGAAUCGCCAGGGGAAUGAUGUGGGGACGAGGUACAGAUCGGGCAUAUACUUCUACACAGACGAGCAAGAGAAGUUAGCUCGUGAAGCAAUGGAGAAACAGCAGAAGAUCUUGAACAGGAAGAUUGUGACUGAGAUACUUCCCGCCACUAAAUUCUACAGAGCAGAAAACUACCACCAGCAGUACCUGGCAAAAGGUGGUCGCAUGGGUCUCAGUCAAUCUGCUGAGAAAGGUUGCAACGAUCCAAUCCGAUGCUAUGGCUAAGUGACUAGUCAGUUUCUGGAGAAGAUAAAAAAGUGAGUUAUCUCAUGAGAAUACAAUAAUACUCUGUAGAUCACAUGUUGUGUCUUGUCUCGUUCAGGUGGUAUUUAUAAAUUUAUAGUGAUGAUGCAUCAUAUGGAGUGUAAUUUACGUCAUUGCCACAACAGUCUCCUGAAUUUCAGUCUGUAAUAUUCAGUUUUACCAUAAUAAUUGUUUGUUAUGUUAUAUUCAAAAAUGUGGUCUCCAAAAA